CCAGGAUGCACCGAGACGGGUAAUGCAGUUGAUAGGAGUGGAGCGGGCGGACUAACAUAUCCCAGAAUCCUUUUAGCCUGUGGAGGUUUUACGAGUGUUUGUUUUGAUUCCAAGUGAAACUAUUUUUCACGUAAAAUCUUUCUUUUUCGUUUUGGUGUUUAACGCUGUUUGUUCGACUGGUUAGUCAGAGAGUUUGGAGAUUACAAGCUUGGGAUAAGAAGGCUUUGUUUACAAAGAUGGCUGAUCACUGGAACAGGGGACAUGGAGCAGUUGAUGAUAUGCUGGACGCAGAAAACAAGCGCAUGGCAGAAAAUCUCGCAAGUAAAGUAUCCAGACUGAAGUCGUUGGCAUAUGACAUUGACAAGGAUGCUGACGAACAGAAUUCCUACUUGGAUGGCAUGGACUCAAAUUUCCUCAGUGCAACUGGACUUUUAACAGGCAGCGUGAAGAGGUUUUCCACAAUGGUCCGCUCUGGCAGAGAAAAUCGCAAGAUCCUGUGCUACGUGUCGAUAGGCCUGGUCCUGACCUUCUUUGUGCUUUACUAUCUGGUCAGAAGAAUACAAAACUGACGUGGAUGUUGACUAUAGUUUUUCUCAGUUUUAUGAGGAGUACGUCCAUUAUUGUUUUUACAAAAAAAAAAUGUUUUUACAAAUGUUUUCAUCACUCAUCUUUUAGGUAUAUUAAAGGUAAUUAGAACUGAAAUGUCAUGUGCGUGAUUCCAGUUUAUCCUGUACUGAGAUCUUUUCUAAUUGCUCUACUAAUAUAAUCAAGCUUGAUUGCAAUAUAUCCCAUGAAUGAUGGAACAAAAUAAGAACUUAAAAAAUAUUAAUUUUUUAAUUAUUGGAAGUGCUAAUGACUUAGGCUUAUGUAAAUUGAUGUAAGAACGAAACAGUUUAUAACUGAACUUUCUACUAAUUGUUUAGUGUAUAUAUUGAAGAUACACUAAUUAGCCAUAACAUUAAAACUAAACAUUGAGCAAUAAGUAGGUUCUUCUUGUGUCAUUUGGGAAACUCAUGACUGGGUGCCUCAGGGCACUGUGUGUUGAGAUCUGCGGAAUUUGGAUCAAGAACCUUGAAAGCCCUAUUCAUGGCUGGCUGUGGUGCACUUGGUGUUCAAAUAAAUUUCUAUUGUGGCCAUCAUUGACUUUUUUCAGCAGUUUAUGUUGCACUCGCUUUUCUGUGGAGUCUGGACUUACUGGCCUUUGAUCCCCACAGAUAUAGAUGAAAAUUAGGUUCCCAUGAUUCAGUCACCAGUUUACUGGUAUAUAAUUGAUGAUCAAUGCUAAUUAAUUCACCUGGCGGUGAUGGUAGUGUUGUGGCUGAUCAGUGUAUAUAGUUUAUUAUUAAUAUUAAAGCAAUUUCUUAUGUUUUCUCCUGUAUAAUAAAAACACGUGAAAAGUA